GAAGGAGGAGGGCGGUGUGUGGAGAGGAGAAAAAACCUAGUAAACCUGACAAAGCGUCUGAGAAACAGUGCGAACGAAGAGUGUCUACGGAAGAGAGGAAGGAGACGUGAAAGACGCCCUUCGGAGGGAACGCACGUUGAUGGAUUUUAUGACAUUUAUGCUUGGGACAACUAUUUGCUUGGACAGUUUCAGCCUCCUUCCAACUCUGUAGUGGCUGCAAACUUUUUAUAAAGUUGACAAGUGCGCUGCUCAGGAACGCGGGGCAUGUUCUGCGCCCUGGAAGAAACUUGGUGACGGGGAGGAAAGUUUGAAGGGGGCCAGCGAUAUGGUUUUCCGAGGCUUUUUCGAAGGAUAAAGAGAGUAAACUCGGAUUUUUUCUGCAUGGCACUGGACUACACUGCCAUUCUGGUUUGGAAUAUAGCCACUGACCAGAGUCGAUGCCGGCUGAUUGUGGAAUAGUAAGCUGAAAAAAUGCAGCGCCUCAGAUUUUUUGCUUUUGCUGCAUUGUAGUGUUGGAGACAUUCCACCCUCCGGAUUCGGCUCAUGCUUUCUCCUCCCUUAUCUGUACAUGCCAAAACAGAGAUUUCCACGAUUUUAAUCCUCCCUGACCAGGUGAUCGGGUGAAUUCCAGUGAGUGACAGGUCGACCAGGCAGCAGUUGAUGGUUUGGCGGACCCCCUCAGAUGGAAUCAGUGUCCAGGGGGAGGUGGAGAAGGGGGGCAUGGGGACCGCUGUUGGCCUCUAACGGGAUGGCCUCGCGGGCCUGGCUGCUGGGCGCCCUCCUGCUGUCCCUUCUGACCGCCAGCGUGGCCCGGCCACCCCUCACCGCCACCAAGGAGGAGGAGGCCACUCUGGAACCCGAAGAAACAUCGAACAAAAACCAAAUUUCUAAGCCCACGGUGUGCUCAGUGCACCCGGGGGAGGUGCUGAAGCUGAGUUGCCCUCUGCCGGUGACGGGGACCAUCACAUGGACCAAAGAUGGCAGCUCUCUUGGCAGCAAUAAUCGCACUCUGAUAGAGCAGGAGGUGCUGCAGAUCCGUGAUGCCACGCCCAAGGAUUCGGGCCUGUACGCCUGCACCAGCGUGGGCAAAGACACGGUCUGCUUCAUAGUCAAUGUCACAGGUGAGUCAGGGAGCAGGAAGGACAGAAUGGGACAGGCCAGGAUGGUGCACCGAACGCGGAGAGGAAGGGCUGAGCUGGGCUUGGUUGAUUCAGAAGUGGCCGUGGAGGAGAGCCUAACGAAUGCCAUCUCGUCGGGGGAUGACGAGGACGAUACAGAGCAGUCGGAGGACAGUGGGGCAGAUGGAGUGCAAUUAAGUGCUCCGUUUUGGACCUCGUCUGCGAAGAUGGAGAAGAAGCUGCAUGCGGUGCCGGCUGCCAACACAGUCAAGUUCCGUUGUGCCGCAGGAGGCCAUCCAGAGCCCACACUUACCUGGUUUAAAAAUGGCAGGCCUUUCCGCCAAGAGGACCGCAUGGGAGGGUAUAAGGUGCGUCUCAAUCACUGGACCCUGAUCAUGGAGAGUGUGGUGCCGUCAGACAAGGGAAACUACACCUGCAUUGUGAAGAACGACUUUGGAUCCAUCAACCACACCUACACCCUGGAUGUAGUGGAACGAUCCCCUCACCGGCCCAUUCUCCAGGCUGGUCUCCCUGCCAACACCACUGUACGUGUUGGAGAGGACGCCCGUUUCGUUUGCAAGGUCUACAGUGAUGCCCAACCUCACAUCCAGUGGCUGAAACACAUCACCCAGAAUGGGAGUCGGUUAGGGCCAGAUGGACACGCUUAUGUCAAAGUAUUAAAGAGUUCAGGAAUUAACAGCUCAGAUGUGGAGAUUCUCACCCUCACCAACGUGACAGAGGAAAAUGCUGGAGAGUAUAUCUGUAAAGUCUCCAAUUAUAUAGGCGAUGCCAGUCAGUCAGGCUGGCUGACUGUUAUCCCAGCUGCUCCCACCCAAUUGCUGGGAUUGACCGCAGGUGUUAACACUACAGAUAAGGAGAUAGAAGUUCUCUACUUGCCCAAUGUAACAUUUGAGGAUGCUGGGGAGUAUACGUGCUUGGCGGGUAAUUCUAUUGGGCUCUCGUAUCAAACUGCUACUCUGACGGUGCUUCCAGCCCUUGAGAAAUCCCCAGGGCCCCUCUCCCCAGACUACGUGGAGAUUGCUAUAUAUUGUGCAGGCGUGUUCCUCAUCGCCUGCAUGGUGGGCAUCGUGGUGGUGUGCCGCAUGAAGAACACUGCAAAGAAGCCUGACUUCGGAGGCCAGCCGACGGUCCACAAACUGACCAAACAGAUUCCGCUGCGCCGCCAGGUGUCGGCAGACUCAAGCUCCUCCAUGAACUCUAAUACCCCUCUGGUACGAAUCACAACGCGGCGGAGCUCCGCGCACGAUGAGCCAAUCCCUGAGUACGACCUCCCAGAGGAUCCGCGAUGGGAGUUUGCGCGGGACAGGUUAACCCUGGGCAAACCUCUAGGAGAGGGCUGCUUUGGCCAGGUGGUUAUGGCAGAGGCCCUGGGCGUUGACAAGGACAAGCCCAAGGAGCCCGUCACAGUUGCAGUCAAAAUGCUGAAAGAUGAUGCCACUGAGAAAGACCUGUCUGACCUGGUGUCAGAGAUGGAAAUGAUGAAGAUGAUUGGUAAACAUAAGAACAUCAUUAACCUUCUGGGAGCCUGCACGCAGGACGGUCCUCUCUAUGUAAUAGUCGAGUACGCUUCCAAAGGUAACCUAAGGGAGUACCUCAGAGCCCGCCGGCCGCCAGGCAUGGAGUACUCCUACGAUAUCGCCCGUGUCUCGGAUGAACAGCUCACUUUCAAAGAUCUGGUCUCCUGCACUUAUCAGGUGGCACGUGGCAUGGAAUACCUAGCAUCACAGAAGGGUCGUCUCCCGGUGAAAUGGAUGGCUCCAGAGGCCCUCUUUGACCGGGUCUACACACACCAGAGUGAUGUCUGGUCAUUUGGGGUGCUAAUGUGGGAGAUCUUCACACUAGGAGGCUCACCCUACCCUGGCAUUCCAGUUGAAGAGCUCUUCAAGUUGCUAAAAGAGGGCCAUCGCAUGGACAAGCCUGGAAACUGCACCAACGAGCUGUACAUGAUGAUGAAAGACUGCUGGCAUGCCAUCUCAUCACACAGACCCACCUUCAAGCAGCUAGUUGAGGACCUGGAUCGAAUCCUCACCCUGAGCACUAAUGAAGAGUAUCUGGAUCUGUGCGCUCCGGCGGAGCAGUAUUCCCCCAGCUUCCCUGACACUCGGAGCUCUUGCUCCUCUGGCGACGACUCGGUAUUUUCUCAUGACCCCUUACCGGACGAGCCCUGCCUCCCCAAGUACCAGCAUAUCAACGGGAAUGUCAAAAGAUGAGCCAGUUGCCCACACCGUCUCUGCCCUACUUCAACAUUCCCAAAUGCACGUGGCACGGACACCCCUUCUGGAAUCCCCCCGGGUCCUCUGCGUGGCUCCCAGUGGACUAACGGACCCGGACCGGACCGGACUGGACUGAUGGCAGCGCACUGUCAUACACUUUUACUGCCAUGCACCCACAGAACACACACCAUACACCCAAGUGAGCUCUUAGAGGAGAGGACAGGGACCCUACAGAAGCUAUUUUGUACUGACUGAAUGAAAUGACAUUCCCAGGAGAUGCUCUUCUUCCUCCGCCUCCUCUUCCUCUCUGCCAUAAAAAGACACAUUUUUUCAUUUCGAUUCCCAUCUUUCUACCAAGAGGUUCGAUAGCAUUAAACGUUUGGUGAUGCAUUUGCAGAGACUGGCAUUCCAAAACUGGUAUUUUGCUCCUUGAAGAAUGUAUGGACUGACGUUAACUUCAUAAAAAAAAGGGACUAGUAAAGGAAGAGACGUAGGAAAUGGACCAACAGAGCAUCGACUAACAAAAGCAGAAAUAGGAGGCGGGCAAAUAUGAAAACCUCUCUUGUUUAUUUUGUAAUAUUGGUGCAUUUCCUUUACAGUUCUCUUCAUAAACCUCCCCAAUUAUUCUGGAGAAAGAAUACACAGUAUAAUGUAUAGUGCUGGGUAUAUUUGUAAAUAUAUUCAAAUAUGUAUAAAAAUAUAUUAUAUAUAUUUACAAUGAAUUAUUUUUUGUAUGGACUUGGAAAUAAUCCCCAUCCCCCAUGCUGCUUUCAGUUUGAGGCAGGUAUGCUAACAGAUUAUGUGUCCUAUAUUUCCUUUUACACAUAUUCACACAUACAGACAUGGACACACACGCACAGACACUCUCCUUACUCUCUCUCAGUAGCACAGUUGAGCAUUGGCUUUCAGGAACUGAGGUAACGUGUUAAUUUAUUGAUUUACGUAUUUUGAAAUGAAUCGAAAAGAAUAAAAACAAUAUGGUGGAAACUAUUAAUGAUGCAUAAU